AUGCCCCAGUCACGCUCCAGCUCACUGUCGAGCUCGAACCCUGCAAACGCGCCGCAGGUGCGCCACUUGAAGGCGCUGGGCGACGACACGUGGAAGAACAAAGUCGAGAAGGUGAACGCAGAGUUCUUCCAUCUGACGUACGGGACGAUCGUCGCGCAACUGUGUGAGGAGUACGCCGGGGACUAUGCACGCGUCAAUGGCGAGCUCUUCCAGAUCGGGUACAACCUCGGCGUACGGCUCAUAGAGGACUUCCUCGCCCGUACAGCGCUCCCCCGGUGCGACACUUUUCUCAAGACGAGCGAGGUGGUCAGCAAGUGUGCGUUCAAGAUCUUCCUCAACUUGACCCCGGAGGUCGCCCACUGGAACGCCGCUAGGGAUUCCUUCGACCUCGUAUUUGGCGAGAACCCGCUUGCGGAACACGUAGAGUUGCCCCCAGGCGCCUCGGGACAACUGUGGUUCUCGAACGUGCUCUGCGGCGUGCUCAGAGGAGCGCUAGAGAUGGUCCAGCUCGAUUGCGACGUCGAGUUCGUCUCAGAUACACUCAGGGGAGACAUGUCCACCGAUAUCAGAGUGAAGUUGAAUAAAGUGCUCCGGGACGAGAUCCCAGCGGGUGAGGACUAG